GAAAAUGGGUAAAGUCAAGACGAUGAAAAAACCAAAGAAAAGUUCUGACAAUAUUGAUCGACUGAAAACGAGCAGCAAUAUGAGGGACAAAAGCACGAUAAGCAGACUCAAUAUGUACCGAGGUGGAAGAGCUAAGAGAGAUAAAACUGGAAAAAUUGUUAAAGCAGCAAUUUUUCAACAGCGUGUGGCUCCUGGAACGCAAUCGAGAGUUGCUCCUGACAGAAGAUGGUUCAAUAAUACUAGAGUAAUAGGUCAGAAUGCACUUCAAGAUUUUCAGACCAAGUUGGAGACAGUGACUAAAGAUCCUUACCAGGUCAUUCUUAAUCCUUCCAAGUUACCUAUAACUCUGUUGAAUGAAAGAGGAAAAUUUAACCGAAUGCACAUCUUAGAAACACAAAGCUACGAAUACACGUUCGGGAAGAAAGCGCAGAGAAAACAGGCUAAUGUGACUGCGACGUCUCUUGAAGAAUAUGCAAGUAAAUGCGAAAGUAAAUCAGGCGAGUACAAAAUUGACGGAGAUCGUGAUGUCGUGAGAGAAGAUGACGGUGUUCGCGAUGAGGCCAGACACUGGUCCUUUGGAGCCGGUUCUUCGAAGCGAAUCUGGAACGAAUUGUAUAAAGUGAUUGACUCUUCUGAUAUAUUACUGUAUGUCCUAGACGCUAGAAAUCCAAUGGGAACAAGAAGUCCAGUGGUUGAGAAUUACUUGAAGAAAGAAAAACGACACAAACACCUGGUUUUUAUCGUCAACAAAGUUGAUUUAGUGCCGACAUGGGUAACAAAAGCAUGGGUUGCUUUAUUUUCUCGUGAGUACCCCACAAUGGCAAUGCAUUCGAACAUGAAAAAUCCUUUCGGCAAAGGAGCGUUAAUUCAACUUCUCAGACAGUUCUCAGUACUGCACAAGGAUUUGAAACAAAUUUCAGUUGGAAUCAUUGGAUAUCCAAACGUCGGCAAAAGUUCUGUAAUCAACACUCUGAGGAAGAAAAAAGUUUGCAAAGUGGCUCCAAUUGCCGGAGAAACUAAAGUGUGGCAGUAUAUAACCUUGAUGAAAAGGAUUUAUUUGAUUGAUUGUCCCGGAGUUGUAUACAACAGUCAAGAGUCAGACACAGAGCUGCUUCUGAAAGGAGCUGUACGAGUCGAAAAUGUGCCACAACCAGAGCAACACAUUGACCAAGUUCUACAAUGUGUGAAUAAGUACGCACUUUCGAAAAUAUAUGAUAUUGGUGACUGGACUGAUGCAAAUGAUUUUUUGGAACGGUUAGCCUACAGGACCGGAAAAUUGUUUAAAAAAGCUGAACCAGACAUAACAUGUGUGGCAAAAAUGGUCAUCAAUGAUUUUCAAAGGGGCAGGUUGCCUUAUUUCGUAAACCCAAAGCCUUAUUUUCCAGAGGAAGAGCAAAAAUUAUUUGACGAGAAACGUGCAGCCGAAAAUGCAGAAAGUAAGAAUGUCGAUUUAGUUGAUCAAAACCUUGAUGAAAUCUCUUGUGUUCAUAAUUACGAUGAAAAAGAUGAAAACGAAACUGCUUCUGAAAGCCAAAAGAAAAUCGAAGAUGUCAAUAAAAACAAAGAUGCAGAAGCGGAUAAGCCAAACACAGAUGACGCUGAAACAAUUUUGGAUUCUGAAAAGAAUUUGGACGUAGCACCUGAACCUAACGAAGAUUUAAGUGCGGUUAUUGCUGAAGAGGUUGAAUUUACAGAAGAGUAUAUAGCUAACUUGCCCUUGGAUCCCAAAGAUACUAAAAAAGACGAGGAGACCAAAGUAACUAGUUACAACCGUAAAAGUCGUAAAAAUACACAGAAGCAGAGGAAACUAGAGAGAAAGAGGGUUAUGGUCAUUGAAGGAAACACAGAAGAUGAUCUAGGGGCGCCAAAAAGACCUGCAAAUUUCUAUGAUAGGGUUAAUGUAAAAAAUAAGAGCAAUUGGACGAAGAGCUUAUGAGAUUUCUCUGAAGAUUUGAUCCUGAAUUUAAGCUUAAAUGUUUAUGAAAACUUUUGAAUCUGUAAAAUUUGGAUCACGUUAUGUCAAUUUUCAAGAUUUUUAGGUUUUUUCAGAUUUGAUUAAUGUAAAUUUUCUAAUCAACAUAGGUGAACAUCCGUGUAAGCGCUUUAAGCGCAGUUGCUCACAGUGCAACACGAUGUCUGUCGUAAUGUCUCAACCGAACGUGCUCAAAUUGGUGCUUUCGAAUCUUUCGGCAAAGGAAAUCCUAAGUGCACCUGUUAUAGUGUCCAGGUUCUGGAACGAAGUAUCGCUUACACUGUUAAAUAACCGACAUGGUUUUUCUGUCUCUGCUAUGACUAGUGAAGAAGGUCGCGACGAAGCUCAUCUACCAGCGAUAGAUUCCUUCAUAUCGCAAAGCUCGUUCGUUCCAAAGAAAACACUCAUUUUAACGUCCGAAAAAUUACUGCCGAGUGCAAAAUACAUCAGAGAGUCAUCGAAAAAGAUACAAUACAACGAAGUUUCCACGUUCUCUAUGCACAAAAUGAUGUCAUUUUAUAUAAAACGAGAGCUAAUGCAUAGUAAUUGCGAGUUGUACGCAGUUUCGGCUCAGGGAGUGUUUGCACUGUCAAAUCGAUCGGAAAUAUCAGCCGAUGAGGUAGAUGUUUUGACUUCAGCGUCUGUAAUGUUCUCUAAACAUUUCUCUGAAAACAUUAGUUUCUUUUCCAUUCCACAAACUUUAACAAAUGAAGAAUCAAUAACACGUGACCUAUUAAGAUCAUCGAUUGGAUGUCCUAAUACGAGUGAUAUCAAAUUCAUGUUUUACCUUUCUGCGCAACACGGACUUUUCCCAACGCAGCUUCUUGAGUCAAUUUUAGACUUGGAGCCGAAUAUCGCUAUCUCAGGUGCUCUGAUUGAAAAGCAUGUUUUAUACGACGCUGAUUGCUGCUCAAAAGUAACACCCGAUUGCGUGACAGGAAUGGCUAUUUUCGGUGACAAUAUCAGAGCUAGCUCAGUAGUUUUAGAUCAGGAAUGCACAGAUGAAAACGACAUCAAAGAUUCUCUUCAAAAGUUUAGUCGAUCUGUUGGAAAACUGAGCAGGAAUAGUUUAGCAGUGUUCGCUUUUUGCGUCGGGAGAGAUAUGGAGCUAGAUGUUAAAUACUUCAAAAUGUUCUUCGAGGGGCUCCAAGCUAUAGGUGUAUAUGGUCACGGGGAAUUUGGACGAGACGUUGUCCGGGGAGUGUGCAGUGAUCGGAGUCAGGAAUUUGUUCACGCAUACUCAACAGUGAUCACUAUAAUAGAUUUUGAACCGCCGGAGGAAUGACAGCUGUGUUGAAAUGACUGCUGAUAAUGUUCUUGGUGUAGCAUUCACCCGAGUAAUUAAUUGAUUGUGACAGAAUGCUA